ACAGUUUGAUUUUUAGAGUUAGGGUUGCUAUAUAAAUAGUGAAAGGAUCUUGUGGCAACUAUUGCCAGACCUUGAAAAAGCUUACAAUUUUUUUUAUAUAAUUUCUGUUAGAAAAAAACCCAGUUCCCUUUUCAGUUCUUGGUACCUUGGCUGACCAUUUUUGUUUGAAUUGCAGGUUACCAGGGUUUAGCCAUUGUUUUUCAUUUGAAGCUCUCCUCCCCAUUGUUUUUAAGGUCAUAUAUUUAUUAUAUAUUAUCAGCACAAAAAGAAAAAAAUGGGUCUCUCAAGUCUUCCAUCUCCAUCAGAAGGAGUGUUAUGUAUACUCUUGGUAAACACAGCUUUAUCUAUAUCUAUAGUUAAAGGCAUAAUCCGAUCGAUCCUUCACGUUGUCGGUGUCCAUCUCCCACCACCAUCAUCGGAUUACACUGAAAAUCUCUCGGAAUCAUUCGAUUUCCACCUUAAUACUCCUGAAAGUUACAUCGAGGAAUUCCGGAGUAGGACCCCAACAAUUCAUUUCGGUGCUGUUUUAUGUAGCUGCAAACGGCCUCAGCACGACUGUCAGGUUUGUCUGACUCAGUUUGAGCCAAAAUCCGAGAUUAACCACUUGUCGUGUGGCCAUCUCUUUCACAAGGUGUGUUUGGAAAAAUGGUUGGAUUAUUGGAAUAUUACAUGCCCUCUUUGCAGGACUCCCUUGUUGCCUGAAGAAGAAGCUUCUUGCUUUUGGUAAGAAGAUUAUUACCAAGUAUAUUAUUAUGCAGAGUUGAGGAAUUCCCGUGUACAGCGCGGUAUAUAAAAAUAUACUGUUAUCUUUAUCGAGUGUUGUCGUUACCCGCAAGUUUGUACCUUGCUGUGGUGAUUUGUGUUAUUUGAAUCAAUGCACAUAUUGUUGUCUGGGUUAAUGAUAUGUUAUUAUAUGCAGUCUCACACUUGUUUCCUGAUCAUCCAUAUAUAUAUAUAGUUCAUGGAGAUUUUGUUUAA